UGUUUGGAUAACCCUUGCUCGGACACCACAGCUCUGACUUGUGUUGCAAGGCAAAUAUUUACCUAUGGCCUAAACAAAGUCAGCGUUUCAAAACUUUGUUCAAAAUACUACAUAACCCCAAGCCGUUUCCUUGAACUUGUCUCAGAGAAGGGAAGAUCUUGUGUCUGGUACCUAUGCAGGCUGUUCUCAGGAGACAAGCAGGAAGAAAAUGAAGCACCUGGUCUGCUUAAUGGUUUUGUACCUCAUUUCUGAAGUAGGAAGCUUUGACCUCGUUAUCGACGAAAUCCCAGAUGAAGUGGAAAACCUGAUUGACGUGGAAAUCGAGGGAUUCCCUCCAGUCUCCAAGACAAGAAAUGGCAGGUACCAGAGAAGCACAUCCGACUGGGGGUACGUUGAAGAUCUGGUGGAGGACGAUGACAAGAUAGGUCUUUACAGCUACAAAGUCCAAUCCACUAUAACCUCACGGUUGGCCAACACUAUGAUCCAAGCCAAAAUGGUGAAUAACGCAAAACGGUCCCAGCACAUAGUGUUUGAUGUACAAGUUCCCAAAGGAGCGUUUAUUGACAACUUUACUAUGGAUGUCAAUGGUAUAACAUUUACCAGCUCGAUUCGAGAAAAAUCUGAAGCCAGAAGAAUGUACUCUCAAGCAAAAGCCAAAGGCAAAGCUGCUGGAAUAGUGAGGAGCAAUGCCUUGGAUAUGGAAAACUUCAAAACUGAAGUGAAUGUGCCUCCGGGAACAAGGAUCCAGUUUGAACUUCACUAUCAGGAAAUGAUUCGAAGGAAACUGAGCUCCUAUGAGCAUGUUAUCUCCAUGAAGCCAGGACGCUUGGCAAAGCACAUGGAGGUGGAUGUCCGCAUUAUUGAGCCUCAGGGACUUCGCUAUGUACAUGUUCCCAAUUCCCUCGGAGAUCAUUUUAAUGGAAUCACCACCAUCUCCAAGGGAGAGAAAAAGGCUCAUGUUUCUUUCAAGCCAACGAUGGCUCAACAACGAAAAUGCCCCACGUGCUCUUCCACAGCAGUAGAUGGAAAUUUUGUGGUGCAGUAUGAUGUGAACAGAGAAAACACGGGUGGAGAAUUAGAAAUUUUUAAUGGCUAUUUUAUUCACUUUUUUGCUCCGGAAAAUCUUGAUCCUCUGCCCAAAAACAUUUUGUUUGUUAUAGAUGUCAGUGGCUCGAUGUGGGGACUGAAAAUGAAACAAACCAUCGAGGCCAUGAAGGCAAUACUGAGUGAGCUCCGUGCUGCCGAUCAGUUUUCUCUUAUUGACUUCAACCACAACGUCCGGUGCUGGAGAGAUAAUUUAGUCUCAGCCACCCCAGCGCAGGUUGAAGAUGCUAAGAAGUACAUCCAGACAAUCCAUCCCAACGGGGGCACAAAUAUUAAUGAAGCUCUUCUCCGAGCCACGUUCAUCCUGAAUGAAGCCCAAAACUUAGGCAUGUUAGACCCUAACUCAGUCUCCAUGAUAGUACUGGUUUCUGAUGGAGACCCAACAGUAGGUGAGCUCAAGCUGACUACAAUCCAGAAGAAUGUGAAGCAGAGCAUAAAGGAUGAAUUCUCUCUCUUCUGCCUCGGAAUUGGGUUUGAUGUAGAUUAUGAUUUCCUGCAGAGAAUUGCAACUGACAACCGUGGCAUGGCCCAGAGGAUUUUUGGAAAUCAGGAGACCUCUACCCAAAUGAAGAAAUUCUACAAUCAGGUCUCCACCCCGCUCUUGAAGAAGAUUCAGUUCAACUACCCACAGGAGUCGGUGUCAGACGUCACCCAAAGCAGCUUUCACAACUACUUUGGUGGCUCAGAGAUCGUGGUGGCUGGGAAGGUGGACACGGAGAACCUGCAGCACUUGGAAAGCAUCGUCACAGCGACAGCAGCAAAUGCAGAGCUUGUCAUGGAAACCCUGCGAGAUGUUGAAGAGCUGGAUGGUUUCAUGAAGAAAGACAAAUAUGCAGAUCCUGAAUUCACUAAGAAGCUGUGGGCCUAUCUGACUGUCAACCAGAUGCUGGCAGAGAGAAACACAGCCCCCACUGCAGCUUUGAAGAGGAACAUCACGAAGUCCAUCCUGCAGAUGUCCCUUGACCAUCAUAUUGUCACCCCCUUCACAGCCAUGCUGAUUGAGAACUCUGAGAAAGACGAGAUAAUGCUGGCAGACCAGCCCAAAGACCCCAGAAGGGGCUGCUGCUCAGGCACUUUGGGAUUAACUCCAAACGCACCUAAUAAUAAUAAAGGUAUCCCAGCCUGGGCCAAUGUCACAGCUGUACCAGUCAGCUUCAUGCCUGAGCAAAGGAGUCCUCCUGUGUCUGCUGUGAGCAUAAACAGAGUGGACAACGACCCACAUUUCAUCAUAUACCUGCCCAAGAGCCAGAGGAACAUCUGCUUUAAUAUCAACUCGGAGCCUGGAGAUAUCCUCAGCUUGGUUUCUGAUCGUGGUACUGGAGUUGUUGUCAAUGGGCAGCUAAUCGGGGCCAAGAAGGCAGAAAAUAAGAAACUCAACACCUACUUUGGCAAAAUCGGGUUUUAUUUCAAAAACAAAGGCCUGAAAGUGGAGAUCAACACAGAAAAAAUAACACUGAAGGAUGGAUCUUACAGCAUCGCGCUGACCUGGUCUGACACAGGACACAUCAUUCGGAAACAACUUCUCAUAUCGGUGAAGAAGGAAAGCAACGUCACUAUCACCGUGGGCGAGGAAAUGUCCUUCAUGGUUCUGCUGCACCGUGUGUGGAAAAAUCACCCAGUUAACGUUGACUUCCUGGGAAUCUACAUCCCCCCUGAAAACCAGUUAUCUCCUGAAGCACAUGGGCUGAUAGGUCAGUUUGCAUCUGAACCAGAAGUGUAUAUCCACCACCAAAGACCUGGGCAAAUUCCAGAGAAACCACAAGCCACCAUGGAAGUGAAAGGAAACAAGCUCACUGUUACCAGGGGACUGCAGAAGGACUACAGGACAGACCGUGUGUUUGGGACUAACGUGCAGUGCUGGUUUGUGCACAACAGCGGGAAAGGUUUCAUAGACGGCCAUUACAAAGAUUACCUCGUCCCCCACCUGUACAGCUUUUUGAAGAAACCCUGAAUGCUCAAGCACUAAACCAGUUUAUUACAAAAAAUUCUUCUCUGCUCCUACACACCCAGAACAGUAGUUGUCAGCCUACCAAGCCGGAUUGACCAAAGGUGACUUCACCAAUUCUUUUAUAAAUGAUCAGUGUUUCAAAGCGUUUCAAAUGUAACUCCCUUUUCUGUUAAAAAUAAAUAAAUCUGUAAUAUGGUGACGUGCUGGAUUGUAGUAGGUAUCUUGUACUUACCGUGUGUGAUUUGGUGGAUAUUAAACUCCAUUAAAAAUAUCAUCUACUUUGUAAUAUACAUUUCAUAGUAGACAUGUAUCAGCAUUGUGACUUCUACACUGGCUGUGGGUGUUAGCCACGCUACAGAACUUAAGCUCUUGCCUUGUCAAAGCACUGGGAAAAUAUAAGUUCAAGGACUGCUGGACUAAUUAAUACAAAAGGAACAAGGGGUCUGAAAUAGGUAUCCCAAGGAGUCUCCAGUCUUUAAGGAUGAGUUAACCAGUGGUCAGAAAUGUCAUUGAAAUGGCUGAUGCUGCCAUAUUGCAGGGAAAUAAAUUAGGUGAGCCCAAAAUACCUUCCAAACUUUGUUUAGUUUUGGUAAAAAUUUCAAUGUCACAGUGAAGUUCAUACCCAGAUAUAAAACUGAUAAAGUCAGAUAAAGAGCCUAGAAUUCAGAUGAUACAGAAAUCACCAACAGGACUAAAAGCUUCUCUUCCAGGCGGAUUAGUUCUACCAUUUCCUGGCCUGUAUGUGAAAAGCAGUGAAUAAUCAUUCUCUGUUCAACUCCACACAACUCAACUUUCCUAUUAUAUUCACUCUAACGUUUCAGGCUCUAGAAUGUCAGGUGCAAUUAUUUUCAGUGACAGAAAAGCUGUUCAGUUUUUUUAUUUAUCCUCAUUAGUCUCUUACAUGCCUCUUCUUACUCAGAACCUGUCCUUUGAGAAAAGGUAGAGCUGUUUACACAAUCCAGGUUGCUCAAACAGCAUGAAUUUACAGUCAGUCUUCUGUCUUCAGAUCCUUUCUGCAUGAUUCUCCAUUCUUUAGAUACUGCAUUACUGCUUGACUUGCAGUUAUGUCUGGAAUCCCUGGAAAGCCAUUUGGUUCUCCUGUGGGAGGUCAUUCCAGACAGCAGCUUGUUUCACUAAGCCUCUGCAGUCUUUCAGCCUUCCUGCAGGGGUCCCCUGGAAACCACGCAUCACGGUUCUUUGAGGCAAAGAAAGGGACAAGAAAUGGUGACUUUGCUGCUACUGACCCUGAACUUUAGACUGCAAUGUGACUGAUGUCACAUCACUGAAUGUGACAUCACAACAGCAUCCUGCCCUACGCAACCCUCAGCCCACUAAGGAAGGUGCUGAGUACCUCUUCUAAGAAAAAAAAAAAAUCAAGUCUCAUGAAAGGAUUUUUGCUCAAACACAGAAAAUUGUUGUGUUAGCAUGGCAAAAAAGUUCUACUCUUCCCAGAUGAGCAGACCAGAUGGUUACCUCUUCUCACCCUCCCCAGCUUCCUACAUCUCAGCUUCCCCCAAAAGCCACACAGCAUCAAACACAGCAGCUCCCCACAGCUAAGAUCUGCUCUGGAAGGUACAGGGGUAUCAGUUUUCUUGCCCUCAGGUUCCAGACCCACACAGUGUAAUCAGAGGCGGACUGAACCAUAAGGUGAUGGUUUGUAGUUUGCCUGUAAAAGAAAGACUUGCAUCUUUCUUUUCCACAAGUGAGGCAGUUACAGCAGUUGGACACACUUCACUGUGCUCUUCA